AUGGCAGCUACGGCGUCCGCGCCGCCUGCCCUCUCUCCAGGGCAGGCGACGCUCGAUCAUGACGAUAGCAACAUCUCCAGCCCGCUGAGCGACGUCGAGGACAAGGACGGCGGUGAAUCUCUUGAUGGGAUGCAGCUCGACCACACUCGGCCAGACCAUGACGAGGCGCUCGACUCUGACAGCAAUCUGUCAGAGGCAAAUGAUACCGAAGCGGAGACUGAGCGUCUCUACGACACCCCGCAGGCACAGCGCCACAAGGACGUCGUUGUCAAUCAGUUCAACGACGGCCAGGUCUACGAACGGACUCCUAGCAAGCUUCAAAAGACGUUUUCUGUCGACCGCCACGACGAUGGCGACGACGACAGUCUUUCCGACCGCGACGACGUGUCAAUGACCUCGAGUCACGGUGACUUGGGCUCGCCCACCAAGCCCAAGAAGUCCACCGAGCUCCCAACCACCGAAGACGACCCUGAGAAUACCGAUAGCAAAAAAAGGAAGCGGUCGCCGGUCGCGGAAUCAUCCGAGCCAGGCCAGCCCGCCAGGAAGCGCACCGGUUCCGUCGUGCCCCAGGAGCAGGAUCAGCACAAGAACGACGUGGAAAUGCACGACGACGAGGCCCCGUCCACAAACUCACAUACUGGUGAUCACUCGGCGACCGAGGAUAGUGUUUUGGAACUUCCCCACAGCAAGCGCGGCCCUUCGCGCGAUGGUCACAGCCCGAUCAAGGAUUCACAAAUCACAAAAAAGGUCACCCGCAAUGGGAGCAGAAGGAAAGGUCACGCUGUUGAGGCCCACGAGAACGAAGGGCAUGAUGGCGACGCUCGAGAUGAUGGUCGUGGUGACGACGACUCUGGGCCUCACGGCGACGACCAGGCUGACCACGAAGGUGACGACGAGGCGGAGGCGACGAGAAAUGACGAAGAAUUUGAAAGAAAACGAGCUGCGGUUGAGGAAUGGACCGAUCUUGAAGAGAAAUUUGUCGUCUUCCGCGAGCGUUUGUACAAGGAUCGCCUCGAGCGCCUCGAGCAUGAAGAACAGUCAUUGCAAGCCGAGCCGCCGACACAUCCCGAAUACUUAAAUAUGAAGCAAUGUCUGGACGAAAGGCUCGAAAAGAGGCUUCGAAACAUUGAAAAAGAAUACGAGCUCUCGGUUGAGGCCCUUGAGAGACUGGCAGUGGCGCGCCGCGCCCAGAUUUGGAAUCAAUUCUAUCAAGGCUCUCGGGAAAAGCGCUCAAAGAUGCUCGAAGACCUCAACAAGGAGUGGUACGAGACCCAGAAUGCUAGGCGAAGCGCACACAGCAUUCCGGACUACGGCCUCCUCUUCCCGACGAACCCUACACAGCGCACAAGGAACGCCGUGGCAUACAAUUCGGAGGUCUCGUUUUUGGCCGGUGUCGCCAAGCAUGAGGGCUUCCCCGCGGUGCCGGCCAUGAGGGGCGCGAGCGGCUCAGAGAUCGAGGAUGACCUGGAGCAAAUGAAGGACCUGCAGCAGCCGGUGCUCGACUGA